AAGGUUCAGCCUUUUUAUCCUGUUAGCUGGACAUGGCCAGCACAGCACCGUUAAAUCUGGCGAGAAGCUUACCUACGGCCAUCGGGCAAGGGGACUCAUCGUAUAGCAUAUGGUGCCUCAGUGAUGGUACUCCCUUCACUAAGGGCCUCAACUAUCCCGUCCACUACGACUCUGUUAUCUCAUCGCGAGAGAAGGGAGCGUUCUGGUAUGAGCAGGUCGAGUUGGAGCCUCCAUCGCGGCCGCAAGGUUGGUCCACUGAAGAAUGGAGGAUCGCGUGUGACGCUGUGGCCCAUGGUGUCACCGUCACCAUCUUCGAGAGAAUGCAAUGAUUUGCCCCCGGUCUUCCUGGCUGUUAUCGAUAUAAUACUCAAGCCAUCAGCAGCGGCCCUCCACCAAGUCUAAUACAGAAUGUCUCAUUUUUGGGCUUCGUGCCGUCUUCUCGAGAAGACCGUCAUCGUCCAGUCACGUUGACUGGCAUCGAUGAGCCUAUCACCGGUGCCGUCAAUGAUCAUUCCGUAUAGGAUACCACUAGUCGAUAUAGUUUCAGUUUAUCAAAAUCACUACGCGGUA